AUGUCUUCUCAUCCACUCCUUUCACAUUCAGAUUUCUUCUCAAGAAUACAUUGUCCAGGUUGUCAUUCUUCUAAUCUUUAUCGCGGAAAUGGAGCUUGUACUUUGUGUGUUAAAGAACAUUUUAUUCAAAAAUUUGGAACUUAUUUUGAAAUUGGAUAUUCAAAUAAGAUUGGUACAUUAGGAACAUUGGAAAUUUGUAGCGAAGAAUUAAAAGAUUCUCAAUAUGAUAUAACCGAAUUUCUUAAGGCGGAAUUUCAAACUACAUUCUUAUGCAUAGUUUUAUUUACAGUGAAUAGUGGCAAAAUAAAAAUUGAAACAUUAAUAACACUUGUUCUAAAUUUAAAAGGAUAUGCACAUGGAAAAGUGACUGAUGAAGUUGUAGUUGCUGGAGUUACAGUUGGAGUUGGAGUUUUUGGAGUUAAAAUUGAAGUUGUUGGGGUUACAGGUGGUGUUGUUGGAGUAUCUUUUGGAGUAUCAGUUGGAGUGUCAGUUGAACUAUCAGUUGGAGUUGUAGAAUCAGUUAGAGAAGUAUCAGUUGAAGAAUCAGUUUGUUUUGAAGUAUCAGUUAGAGUAUCAGUUGAAGAAUCAGUUGGAGUUGAAGAAUCAGUUAGAGUAUCAGUUGAAGAAUCAGUUGGAGGUGAAGUAUCAGUUGGAAUAUCAGUUGAAGUAUCAGUUGGAAUAUCAGUUGAAGUAUCAGUUGGAAUAUCAGUUGAAGUAUCAGUUGGAAUAUCAGUUGAAGUAUCAGUUGGAAUAUCAGUUGAAGUAUCAGUUGGAAUAUCAGUUGAAGUAUCAGUUGGAAUAUCAGUUGAAGUAUCA